CCGCCCGCCCCGCCGCCCCCGACGCCUCCCUGUGGGACCGCUACAAGGAGGCCAAGAGGGGCACCAACGACUUGGUUCCUUCAAUUAUGGGCAACUUACUGAAUCCAGAUGCUAUAUUCUCCAACAAUGAAUUGAGCCUAUCGGACAUUGAAAUCUAUGGCUUUGAUUAUGACUACACAUUGGUAUUUUAUUCCAAACAUCUUCACACAUUGAUUUUUAAUGCUGCCCGGGAUCUUCUCAUCAAUGAACACCGGUAUCCUGCAGAAAUCAGGAAGUAUGAAUAUGACCCAAACUUUGCAAUUCGUGGACUUCAUUAUGAUGUGCAACGGGCAAUAUUGAUGAAGAUUGAUGCCUUUCAUUACAUUCAGCUGGGGACAGUAUAUAGAGGACUCAGCGUGGUCCCUGAUGAAGAAGUCAUUGAGAUGUAUGAAGGUUCCCAUGUGCCUCUAGAACAAAUGAGCGAUUUCUAUGGAAAGAGCUCUCAAGGAAACACAAUGAAGCAAUUCAUGGACAUCUUUUCCUUACCAGAGAUGACCCUCCUGUCUUGUGUGAAUGAAUAUUUUCUGAAGAACAACAUAGACUAUGAGCCUGUUCACCUGUACAAAGAUGUCAAGGAUUCAAUUAGGGAUGUCCAUAUCAAAGGAAUUAUGUACAGAGCAAUUGAAGCAGAUAUUGAAAAAUACAUCUGCUAUGCUGAGCAGACCCGGGCUGUGUUAGCGAAACUGGCUGAUCAUGGCAAGAAGAUGUUUCUCAUCACAAAUAGUCCCAGCAGCUUUGUGGAUAAAGGGAUGAGGUUCAUCGUUGGAAAGGACUGGAGGGAUCUAUUUGAUGUAGUCAUCGUCCAGGCCGACAAGCCAAACUUCUUCAAUGACAAACGGAGACCUUUCCGCCAGGUGAACGAAAGAGGUGUGCUGCUCUGGGAUAAAAUUCACAAGCUACAGAAAGGCCAGAUCUACAAACAGGGGAAUUUAUAUGAGUUUUUGAAGCUGACUGGCUGGAGGGGUUCCAAAGUGUUAUAUUUUGGUGAUCAUAUAUACAGCGAUCUGGCAGAUUUGACCCUAAAGCAUGGCUGGCGAACAGGUGCGAUUAUUCCAGAAUUGAGAUCUGAGAUUAAAAUCAUGAACACAGAGAAGUACAUUCAGACUAUGACCUGGCUGCAGACCUUGACCGGAUUACUAGAACAAAUGCAGGUUCACAGAGACGCUGAGUCACAAAUGGUUUUGCAGGAGUGGAAGAAGGAAAGGAAGGAGAUCAGAGAAAUGACCAAAAACUUCUUCAACUCUCAGUUCGGAAGCCUGUUUCGAACCGACCAGAACCCUACUUAUUUCUUGCGGCGCCUCUCUCGAUUUGCCGAUAUCUAUAUGGCGUCUCUGAGCUGCCUCUUGAGCUACGAUCCCCAUCACACGUUCUAUCCCAGGCGGACUCCCUUGCAGCACGAACUCCCUGCCUGGUCAGACCGGCCGAGCACGGGGACUUUUAGGAUCCCCUUCUUGCAGGAGGUGGUUCAGGUCAAGUAACUAAGUUGGGGAGAGGCUUAUCUGAUCAGCCCCCCAAUCCUGGCGGGACUUGAAAUGGUGGCUUUACAAGAACGUCGGUGUUGCUUUUUAUGGAAAUGUGGAUAUCUUAUUUUGAUAUUUUUCAUGUUCCAGCUAGUGUUUCUAGAGCAAGAAUUCAUGGAUCAAGGGGUCUAUCUUUCCUACACUUUGUAUCUCCCAUUGAUAAUAAUGGGAAUUCUGCAGAGGCAGAAUGAGGGAGGGUAGAUCCCGAAGAGAGCCAGGAGCUGAAAAAUGAGAUUCAUAUUGAAACUCCAUUCAACAGUUGUGGUUUACAGAGGUACUACUUCCUCCUGAGUAGGUCAGCCCCUUCGAACAGAGGCUCCAGUAGUUUGUCAUAUUUGAAACUAAGUUAAAA